GCGUUCAUCGAGAGUACAGAAGGCCUCAAGGCUUUAUCUAAGUCGCUCGGGUCCCAUAUAGAUACCCUUGAAGGUUCGUGGGUCAAGCUACAGGAAAACCGGACCGAGGCGCUGCCGAUUGGACAACAGGACUUCAUUCACGCGUUGAACGAUUAUAUCAAUGGCCUCAAGGAUACACUCGAAAAGGUUGAUGAGGCAGUAAAGGAGAGGGCCGCCAAAGUGCUUUUUCGGAAAAUAGAUCUUACUCGCAUCGAACCUGGGGUUCUCGCAGCAUAUCUGGACGACAUCGAGCGAUAUUCAAAGGCGUUUGAGGAGACAACGGCUGUAUGCCACAUGAAUAUACAAGCCGAAGCACUGAAGACCGCACGACUCGGACCCGAGAGACCACGGCCAAUGGGAACCCAGCACCAGGCUUGCCUGAAGGGAACACGGGAACCAAUUCUACAGGAGAUUCGCAACUGGAAGAAUGCUCAAAUCGUCGAGAAGCGUAUAUUCUGGCUAUGCGAUAUAGCCGGAUCAGGUAAAUCUACUGUCGCGUACACAAUGUCUCAAGAAUGGGACGAGGAGCCGAACAUUCUUCUCGGUCGAUUCUUCUUCUCGAAGAAUGCGCGAGACACUGCUGACACGGAUUCAUUCUGCUCGAUUCUCGCGAGGGACCUAGCGUCGAAGGAUCCAGAAUUGGGCUCUGUAAUCACUAAUGCACUUCAGACCGAUUCUCUCCUAGCCGAGAGAGAUUUUAACAAGCAAUUUCAGAAGCUCCUCGUAGACCCUUUGGGUUCAAUUUCACAUGAUAUUGUCUUCGUACUGGACGCGGUGGAUGAGUGUAAGAUCGAGUCACGCAAGCAGAUGCUCCAAGUCUUGCUACAAAAACUCGCUUCUCUUCCCGCUCUCAAAAUUCUCCUUACGAGCCGUCCCGAGUCGGAUAUCGUGAGUUUACUUCAGGAUAAGGCAGUCGUUCGCGGAAUGCAUUUCGAAAUGCAAGGUUCCAAGAACCAAUCGAACAUGACAGACAUCAUGUCGUACGUUGAUCAUCACCUUACCAAUCUAUUAUCUAGCAGAUACAGGCAAAGAAUCGUAACGCAAUCAAACGGGCUGUUCAUCUGGGUCUCGACGGCAAGAUUCGAAUUGGAAUUGGCGGCGGACAAUCCGGCUCAGUUCAAAUCUACUCUGGAUUCACUUCUAUCCAGGGGAGCUGGGGGCGACUUACAAAACCUAUAUCUUGGAGUAAUUAAUAGAGUACUCAGAGGGGAAUUAAAGGACUUGAUAGGUCGUAUUCUUGGGACUCUGGCUAUUCUACAUGAGCCGGUCUCUAUUACAAGUCUGGGAAGGCUAAUGAAUGCCAACGACGAGGAUGUCGAAUUUAUAGUCAAGUCGAUGAGGAGUGUAUUUCGUUCAGAUGAUAUCAUUGAAUUUCUUCAUCCUACAUUUCGAGAAUACCUGCAUGAUAUCCAAGGAACAGGGACCAUCCCUGAUGCCUACACAUCCCAUAUCGAUCUCGCGUUGAAUAGUCUUGGAACUCUGCAACACGACCUCAAGAGGGAUAUCUGUCAUAUAGAUAGACCCGAGCUCCCUUUCCCGGACAAUGAGGAAGUUGUGGAUCUAGACGACCGGUUAUCAGCCCUCUGGCAAUCUUCACCGAGCUUAUUAUACAGCUCGCAGUACUGGGCCUUGCAUGCUUCUCAAGCGAUACAAGAUGGCUCCGUGAUUCAGAGCCUAGACAUCUUCUUGGAGACAAAGCUACUUAAUUUGGUGGAACUAUCGAGCUUGACGGGCCAUUUACUUCGGCUUCAAGACGUGUUGGGACUGCAAGAAAGGCUUGCAGCUCAUUGGCCUAAUCACCAGGCGAUCGAGCUUUGCGAGGACAUUUUGAGACUGGUGUUAAGCCAUCAAUCGCUGCUUGAGAAGAGUGCAUUACACGUGUAUAGAUCGGGUUUACUAUUCCUCCCUACACAUACGAAAUUGGGCAAUAUAUACAAGAAAGCAUUCGAAUUAGAUAUACCAGAGAUUCUAUGCGGGUUGGACACCCAUUGGCCACAAUACCGAACACUGGCUGGGCACAGUGAAGCCGUUAGAUGUUUCUCCAUAUCGCCAGAUGGGACUCGAAUCGUGUCUGGAUCUGACAACGGUACAGUUCGAAUGUGGGAUGCAGCUACUGGUGCAAGCCUGGGAACCGUUAUGGAUGGUGACAGCGAAAUUAUUCACCUAGUGCACUCAUCAGGAGGUUCCCAUAUCAUCAUUGGCACUGGGUCGGGUUAUUUAGCAAAGUGGUACGG